AUGCAUGUGGCAGUAUCACCUGGCGAUGCCUUAAUCGUGCACACUAGAUGUGAUAAUGGAUUUCUGUUGCUAUUCCAAUUUUUUGAAAGCUAUGCGAAUGGUGGUCAGCGGGUUGUCCGGGUACCAGCCCACCCGACCGAAUGCUCUAAAGAAGCAAAAGUCGAUAGCUACAUUGUAUACAUGAUGCUAAGCAUAAUAGAUUGGAAGCAAGUGUUCAACGAGCAUGAAGUAGCUCUACCUGUCUUCUACGAGGUACUCAGCAACGGAUUCAAUGUUCAGAGUGUAAUUCUCAUAAUCACCAGCUUUUUUGUGGUCGCUUUCCUGUUACUCAUUUGCUGUGUCGUAUGUUGUAGCGUCGGAGUACAAUGGAAGAACAACUUCAAAUCAAAACGGAGACAUUCGGACAGUUCCUAUCGAAUAUUCAACAAGCAGAAACGGAAAUCCCGCUUUAGUCGAGAUCCUGAAUCUGUCUACACUGUUGCCGGUGCGGAUAGACAAUCACUGUUGAGAACGGAUUCGGAGAGGAACCCAACUGGAUUUCCGAGGAACUUCUAUUUGUCAAAUGCUCUACCAAAUCUGUAUGGUGACGUUGCGCACCAUGUUCGUAGCGAUAAUUCAAUAACUCCUCAUUCGCUUUACGUCACUUCAAUUGUUCUUAUGGAUGGUGCGAAAACCGAGCCACGCCAAUCCCUUCAUAGUGGAUCCUCACAAAAAAUUCUCAUCCCGUAUGGCCCCGAUCGGUUCUUCGACUCAUCUCCCCAGAUGAGCCCAUCUCAGGGAUUGAUUGGAUUCAAAGGACCGGACUCAUAUUUCCAGUCAGAUACCGCAUCUACCCUUGCUGACACUAUCAGCGCAGGAUUGGAUUUCACCAAAAUGGCUCGUGAACUGGUUUUGCAACCACCGACAGAUAGCAGCCAUCCAGGAAGUCGGCUGCCUCGCAGCAGUUAUGUUUCAGCAGAUCUUCCAAAAAUGCAAAUGCAGACAUUUAAACCGUCGUAG